AAGGCUGGACAUAAGUUGUCCUCAGCUUUUCUGUUUGCCAGAUAGAAAAUUAAAGGUUGAGGGAAAAAGAGAGAGAAGGAGAGAUCAAUUGAAUUCCUUAUCUGGUAUGUUCUGUUUUUGCUUUAGGUAAAAUGUCGGUUCCAGGACCUUACCAGGCGGCUGCUGGGCCUUCCUCAGUGCCAACCGCCCCCCCAUCCUAUGAAGAGACGGUGGGCGUCCACAGUUACUACCCCACGCCUCCAGCACCUGUGCCUGGGCCAGCCACGGGGCUUGUGACGGGCCCAGAUGGGAAGGGCAUGAAUCCUCCUUCGUAUUACACCCAGCCGGGGCCUGUCCCCAAUGCCAACGCAAUUGCUGUGCAGACUGUCUAUGUGCAGCAGCCUGUCUCCUUUUUCGACCGCCCUGUCCAGAUGUGUUGUCCUUCCUGCAACAAGAUGAUCGUGACUCAGCUGUCCUAUAAUGCCGGUGCCCUGACUUGGCUCUCCUGUGGGAGCCUGUGCCUGCUGGGGUGA